AUCGGGCUCUCGCGAUGCGAUUUCUACCCGGCGAGGUAUCAGGAGCACAGAAAAUCCCAGUAACUUUUUCCUCUCUUUCACUGUUUCACUAAAUCACUAGUGAGAGUAGCGGGUUCGAUUGCCGUAUUCCCGUAUUCCCGUGCGCUACUAGUACUUUCUAAUUUAUAAAAUUAAAUAAAAAGGUUAUGGUUUUUAACCUUAUUUAAGUAGAAAAAGUCUCGUGGAUGUGUGGAGUCUGUGUAUUUUUUUUGUAUUUUAAAAAUAAAUGGCAAUAAAACCAAUGAGUAUAAUUUUAUUUAAAAAGUUAAUAAAUAAAUCAUUCAGUAAUAAAAAUAUAUUAUCAAGAAAGAUAAUGACAAGUUCAAUGAAAGCUAAAAAAUUUUUAGAAAACUUGAAAGAAAAUCCUUAUUUUGAUAAAUAUGCUGGAGCCAUUGCUAAAUUACAGCAAACAAAUCCAGAUGAAUUUUUAUCAAAGAUUCAAGAAACUGAGAAAAAAAAAAGUCCAAAAUCCAAGGAGCCAGGAACAUUUAAACGUGAAGAAGCAAAUGCUAAACCAUCACUUACAUCUGACUUUAAACAACAUAACAAGGCGGCAUUAUUGUCAGAUGUUAUGAAAUUGGAGCUACUAGAAGAUAAAGUAAUUAAAUUAAAAACAUGUCAUCAUCAUCAUCAUCAUCAUCAUCAAAUAAAAUCAUGGAAUAAUAAAAUAUUUACCAGGACUUACGUUGAUUAUCGGCCAAAAAAUGUUUAUAUUACAACUCCUAUAUUUUAUGUCAAUGCUGGACCACAUAUUGGACAUCUUUAUACGGCUGCUCUUGCUGAUGCAUUAAAUCGUUACAAUAUUAUGUUGGGACAUCAAGUAUUUCUAAGUACUGGCACUGAUGAACAUGGUACUAAAGUUCGUGAUUCUGCAAUAGCUAAUAAUUUAUCACCACAAAUAUAUACGGACAAAAUAUCUGGAUUAUUUAAAGAGAUGUGUGAUAAUUUUGAUAUUGGUUAUUCAAAUUUUAUACGAACUACUGACAAAAGGCAUCAUGAGGCUGUUAAUCAUUUUUGGACGACACUUGAAGACAGUGGACAUUUAUAUUUAGGAAAAUAUUCAGGAUGGUAUUGCAUAUCAGACGAAGCAUUUGUUCCAGAAUCAGAAUUAGAGGAAAAAAAAUUGUUAAAUGGUGAUACUAUUAAAGUUUCAGCGUCAUCUGGUAAUAAAGUUCAAUGGAUGGAAGAAGAAAAUUAUAAAUUUAAAUUAAGUUCAAUGCAAGAUGAUUUAAAGUACUGGUUAAAAAAUGUUAAAGUCGUUCAACCUUUAAAAUUUCAUAAAAUUUUGAGUUGUUGGAUUGAAGAAGGAAGUUGUUUAGAAGAUUUAAGUGUCUCACGACCAACAUCACGAGCACCCUGGGGUAUUAAAGUACCUAAUGAUAAUUCUCAUACUAUUUAUGUAUGGCUAGAUGCUUUAGUUAGUUAUUUAACAUCACUUGGAUAUCCUAAAAAUCCUGAAUUUGCUAAAUUUUGGCCACCAACUAUUCAAGUUAUAGGAAAGGAUAUUUUAAAAUUUCAUGGUGUGUAUUGGCCUGCAUUCAGUAUGGCUACUGGUCUAGAUCCACCGACAACUCUAUUGUGUCACUCACACUGGACUAUUAAUGAUGAAAAAAUGUCGAAAUCUAAAGGAAAUGUCGUAUCUCCAUCAGAAGCUGCUAAAUUAUUUACCGCAGACGGCUUAAGAUAUUUUCUUUUACGUGAAGCAGUACCAUACAGUGACGCAAAUUAUAAUGAAGAAAAAAUAAGAAAUAUAUUAAAUGCAGAAUUAGCUAAUACAUUGGGAAAUUUAGUAAGUAGAUGUAUGGGAAAAGCAGUAAAUCCAGAUAAAAUAAUUCCCGAGCCUUGUAAGAGUCAUUCAGAUAUAUUAAAUUCUAAUGAAGCACUCAAACUAGUAGAGAGUCUUGAAUCUGUAACUCUGGCUGCUCAAAAUCAUUAUAAUGAUUUUAAUUUGCAUCAUGUUGUUAAUGUCGUGAUGCAAACACUAUUUGCAGCAAACAAAAUGAUUGAUUACCACAAACCUUGGGCAUUAGCUAAAGAAACUGAUAAUUUAGAAGCUCAACAGAAACUAAAAGCCGUAUUAGCACUUGGUCUUGAAUCUGCUAGAGUGGGUUCAUUAAUUCUUAUGCCAAUUAUUCCGAGAUUAACUUGUCACCUUCUUGACUUUCUCAAUGUACCUUAUAAUUCACGUACCUGGAAUAACUCCAAGUAUUUAAAUACUGGUCGUAAUGAUACUAUUAUGCCCAAGCAACAAGACUUUUCAUUCUUUCAAAAAAUACGAUAAUUUAUUGCUAAUAUUUUUAUAAAUAUUAUUUAGCUAGUCAUUAAUAAUCUUUUUUUUUACUUAAAAAACAAA